GGCAAAUCGAGCGAGUCAAACGACUCCAAUUUCGGUCCUAUAAAUAAAACCCCAUUCCCCCCUUCAAUUCAAUUCCUCUUUGGAGUUUCAAUCUCAUUUUCUCUUGUUUCAGAUCUCAUAACAGUUAUGGAUACAUUCCUAUUCACUUCCGAAUCUGUCAAUGAAGGCCACCCCGACAAGAUUUGUGACCAAGUUUCAGAUGCUAUACUUGAUGCAUGCCUAGAACAAGACCCGGAAAGCAAAGUAGCUUCUGAGACUUGCACCAAGACAAACAUGGUUAUGGUCUUCGGUGAGAUCACAACUAAGGCCAAAGUUGACUAUGAGAAAAUUGUCCGUGAUACUUGCAGAGGUAUAGGGUUCACAUCAGCUGAUGUUGGCCUUGAUGCUGACAACUGCAAAGUUCUAGUUAACAUUGAGCAACAGAGUCCUGAUAUUGCUCAAGGAGUUCAUGGCCACCUCACCAAGAAGCCAGAGGAAAUUGGGGCUGGCGACCAGGGUCACAUGUUUGGUUAUGCCACUGAUGAAACUCCUGAGUUUAUGCCACUAACACAUGUGCUUGCAACCAAGCUUGGUGCCAAGCUGACUGAAGUGAGGAAGAACAAGACAUGUCCAUGGCUGAGGCCUGAUGGUAAGACCCAAGUGACUGUUGAGUAUCGCAAUGAUGGUGGAGCCAUGGUACCUGUUCGAGUUCAUACAGUUCUCAUUUCAACCCAACAUGAUGAGACUGUCACCAAUGAGAAGAUUGCCGCAGACUUGAAAGAAUAUGUCAUUAAGCCUGUUAUUCCUGCAAAAUAUCUCGACGACAAAACCAUUUUCCACCUUAACCCAUCUGGUAGGUUUGUUAUCGGUGGACCUCAUGGAGAUGCAGGACUCACUGGUCGAAAGAUCAUUAUCGAUACCUAUGGUGGCUGGGGUGCUCAUGGUGGAGGUGCCUUCUCAGGGAAGGAUCCUACAAAGGUGGACCGUAGUGGUGCCUACAUUGUUAGGCAGGCAGCAAAGACCGUGGUUGCCUCGGGGCUCGCUCGCCGCUGUAUUGUGCAAGUAUCCUAUGCAAUCGGUGUGCCAGAACCAUUGUCGGUUUUCGUUGACACAUACAAGACAGGCAAGAUCCCAGACAAGGAUAUUUUGCAGUUGAUCAAGGAGAACUUCGAUUUCAGGCCGGGAAUGAUCUCUAUCAACCUCGAUUUGAAGAGAGGAGGCAAGUUUAGGUACCAAAAGACAGCUGCUUACGGUCAUUUUGGACGUGAUGACCCAGAUUUCACUUGGGAGAUUGUCAAGCCUCUUAAACCAAAAGCCUAACUCGGUUUGGUUACGUAAAAAUUUCAGCAAAUGAUUGUUAUAGUAGCCAUGAUUCUGGUAUACAGCAUAAGAAUAAAGAAACAUGUGAUUUUUUUUUUCUAUAUAAAU